GGGGGCCGCCCUCGUGACCAUGGCGACGGUGGCGGCGGCGGCUGCUGUGGUGCUGAAGGACAGGCGGCCGCCGCCGCCACCGGGAUCUCAGAGCUACGCGUGACCCCUGAGGGGGAGCGGGCUCUCCCUCGCGAUCGGAGGAGCCAGCCGGUUCUGCGGAAUAGGCUAGGCGGUCCCGGACUCCGGGCAGCACUCCGGAAGAGCUGGAGCGGCCGGAGGGUGGACAUGAGCGACCCUUGGAGGCCAGACCCAGACUGCUAGGGGUGGACCCAGCAGCUCCUCGGCUCUCCUGGGGAGCUGGAGAGGGCAGCGUCGUCCCUGGGCUUUCCCCGCUGCCCUCAGAGCCCAAGGGGUCUCCACCAUCCAGCCCCUGCCCCAAGUCUAGCAGAAUGGAGCCAAGCACCUGUAAGACCAGUGAAUCCGAGGAAGACUAUGCUGAGGAAGAGGACUCGGAGGAGGAAUGCAUCAAAGUGGAAGCCCCCAUCCCUCCCCACCCUCCCCCACAGGUGCUCCUGAAAGAAAACUAUAAGGCACUGGAGAAUAGAAUUCCCUUAUCCAUUGUAGCCAAGAAAAUCAUAACCCCUAACGACUUUGAAGCUGGGAGGAGGAGGAGAAGGCGGAAACGCAGACCCCUGGCUAUCAAUCUGUCUGGCUGCAAAUACGAGAGUGUGCGACGGGCAGCCCAGACAUGUGGCCUGAAGGAGGUGGGAGAUGAGGAAGAGUGGACUGUGUACUGGACAGACUGUUCCGUGUCACUCGAGCGAGUCAUGGAAAUGAAGAGGUUUCAGAAAAUCAACCACUUCCCUGGCAUGACGGAAAUCUGCCGCAAAGACCUGCUGGCACGGAACCUCAACCGCAUGCAAAAGCUCUACCCUACCGAGUAUUGCAUCUUCCCCCGCACCUGGUGCCUCCCCGCCGACUAUGGGGACUUCCAGUCCUAUGGUCGCCAGCGAAAAACUCGCACUUACAUCUGCAAGCCUGACAGUGGCUGCCAGGGACGCGGCAUCUUCAUCACUCGGAAUCCUCGGGACAUCAAGCCGGGGGAACAUAUGAUCUGUCAGCAGUACAUUUCCAAGCCCUUCCUGAUUGACGGUUUCAAGUUUGACAUGCGUGUCUACGUCCUGAUCACAUCAUGCGACCCCCUCCGCAUCUUCAUGUACGAGGAGGGUCUGGCCCGCUUUGCCACCAUGCCCUACAUGGAGCCUAGCUCCAACAAUCUGGAAGACGUCUGUAUGCACCUGACCAACUAUGCCAUCAACAAACACAAUGAGAAUUUUGUGCGGGAUGAUGCUAUGGGCAGUAAGAGGAAGCUGUCGACACUCAACACCUGGCUGCGGGAGCACAGCUACGAGCCUCGCGAACUGUGGGGGGACAUCGAGGACAUCAUCAUCAAAACCGUCAUCUCAGCCCACUCGGUCCUGCGCCACAACUACCGCACCUGUUUCCCCCAGUACCUGAGCGGAGGUACAUGUGCCUGCUUUGAGAUCCUGGGUUUUGACAUCUUGCUGGACCACAAGCUGAAGCCCUGGCUGCUGGAGGUCAACCACUCUCCCAGCUUCACCACGGACUCUCGCCUGGACCGCGAGGUGAAGGACGCACUGCUCUGUGACGCCAUGACGCUUGUCAACCUCCGGGGCUGCGACAAGAAGAAAGUGAUCGAGGAGGACAAGCGGCGGGUUAAGGAGCGGCUGUUCCAGUGCCACCCGCUGCCACGGGAACCCAGGCGAGAACACGUCGAGUCAUCCCAUUCUGUCAUGCUGGACCAGCAGCAAUACGAGGACUCUCACCUCGGGGGGUACCGGAGGAUCUACCCUGGGCCUGACACAGAGAAGUAUGCACCCUUCUUCAAGCACAAUGGUUCCCUCUUCCAGGAGACAGCCGCCUCCAAGGCCAGGGAGGAGUGUGCCAGGCAGCAGCUGGAAGAGAUCCGCCUUAAACAGGAACAGCAUGACCCCUUGGGCACUAGAAGGCGAAAGGAAAGCAGGGAGCAGAACCAAGGGGAAUCCGCUGGGGAGAAGAGCCGAGCCAAGCCGGGCCCUCGGGGCCUUGCCACCCAUCUGGCUUACAGGAAACGGAUCCAGGAGAAAGAGCUGGUUCCUGUAUACCUGGACACUAUGCAACCCCAAGAAAUUGUGGAAGAGGAGGAGUUAGAGCGCAUGAAGGCCCUUAUGCAAAGGGAGACCCUUAUCCGGAGCAUGGGUGUGGUCCAGCAGCUCACCCGCAUGCUGCACUCCAGCCACCAGAGCCAGAGAAGGCUGCAUGAGUACCGGCCUAGAUCCCACCAGGACGGGCCAGGCGGUCAGGAACUGCAAACUGUGAACCUGGUCCCACUGGUGCUCCUGACAGGAGCCAUCGCAAAGCAGGUCCCUCCUCACCUCCUGCAUCCAGUUCGGCCCCACGAACUGACCCCCAGGAUCUUAGGGCCACUGUCGAAUGUGAACACCACCAUCCCACACCAGCCCCGCUACCACCUGCAGUCCAAGAACUUCAGCUGGCUAGCAGACCCAGCAGGCAUCAGCCCCUGCUCACUGCCAAUGAAGCAACUCGGGAGGCACUGUGUUUCCAGCACCCGAAUGCGACUUACCAGCAAAGGCCACGCCAGCAGAAGGCUAGAAGCCAUAAACCGUGCCUUGGCUGGGUCAGUGCCACCCAGUUUAACCCCCAAGCAAGGCUACUUCUUGCACCCGGAGAGACUGGCAUGCGAAUCGUGGACUGGACACACUUUGCCCUCCAUGCUAAGCUCUGAACCCUUGGCCACCACAACGCUCAGCCUCUAUCGCGCCUCUGCCCCGAUGCAGCAGCGUUCCAGCGCCCUCUUCCGCAUCAGCCAGCACUGGUGAAACAGCAGGCUGAGAGAGACGACCCAUCAAGUCAACCUGUCCUGGAGGAAGCACACCCGCAGGAGAGGCUCCCCGACCAGAGGCAAUGAACCAUUGCCACCGGCCUUCAGCUGAAGAGCCCUGGGUCAGGCUCCCGACACAAAGACACCAAGAAACGAAAUCAACGCCCUAAGAUGGUUUCGGGAAGGGCGAAUAAGAGGAGCCGCGGCCGGCCAUGCGCUCCAUCUCUGCCCCCUGGCUUGCUGUUUCCUCGCUGGGUGAUGGCUCUGGACCGUGGGGGCGGCGUGGGGCGAGUGCGCACCGGGCCGCGGUCGUCGGGAGAAGGCCGAGGGGACGCCCUCCCCGCCGCGGUGCUGGGAACCAUCAGGUCUGGGGCAGGCGAGACGGCUUUGGGCAGCUGAAUCUUUUUAUUAAAGUUUAUGUCGUUUUC